CAAUGCUGCAUUUAGUUCACUGACGAGUGAAGGUGACAGAUAAUGCAGAUAACCUUCAAACAUCUCCCUAUUAUCUUUAUUCAUUAACUUAUUACGCAAUUUAAAGAUAAAAGGGGGAUUUGUCUGGUUAAAAGCACCCCCAAAGUUCAAAAACACGACUGGAAUACCCCAAGCUGCCACAUUUAACCCUUCAGUGCAAUGUCGGCAAUUUACACCAAAUGCAUUUCAGCUGUUGACAAGUUUGUGCCCCAAAAGCUUCAGCCCUUGUGGCAGCAUCCUGCAGGUCCAAAAACGAUAUUUUUCUGGGCCCCAGCCUUCAAAUGGGGGCUGGUAUUGGCAGGCGUAGCAGACUUGGGCCGACCAGCCGAGACAAUCAGCCCCCCGCAAACGGUGGCUUUGGCCGCAACCGGGGUAAUUUGGUCCAGAUACUCUCUAGUCAUUAUUCCAAAAAACUACAGUUUGUUCAGUGUUAAUGUGUUUGUUGGGGCCACUCAGCUCUAUCAGCUCUACCGAGCUGUAAGCUAUCACAUGGAGCAGGAGAAGAAGACAAAGACCCUCGCUUUAUAAUAAGGGGGCCCCCAGCUGCAGUAACUCGCUUACGUUCUGUGAUUUAUGGUUAUAAAGUGCACGCGCUCAAAAUAUAUAUUUUUAAACUCGUUAAA